AUGCACCAUAUCAAGACAGCAGGACUGCCGCCUGACCUGUCGGAUGCGAUUCCGCGACAGACUGUGUUUGGCAGACUGCAGAGAGGUAGCCUGCGGGAGAUUCCAGCAGCAGAUGGCGUCAGGACUGCAGAUGCAGCGAGGGAAUCUGCCCGCAACUCCGCAACUCCGCACCUCCGCGGGUCAACGGAUUGGAAUCCGCGGGUGCGUUGGGUGCGUUAUGCACCUGGCCCAGUGGCCACACCAUCCUUGGUGAAUUUGGAGGCCCAAAGCCGGAGCAUGAAGGCAACGACCAUGCAGAAACAGCGUGGUUUCCGGAAAAAGGUGUCGGUGAACUGCUCCUUCUGCUUUCCAGUGCGCACACCAGAAGGGAAGGGACCUCUGUUGAAGUACGAAGGGAUCAUGGCAGAUCGCCGCAUCGGCGGCACUGACCGAGAGUCCUACAUCGAGCUGAAGAACAGCAUUCUGGUGGGCAAGGAGAAUGAGAUUCUCGCCCUGGAGGGUGUCAAGCGACUCUUUGACGCUUGGAUCGAUGACAUGGCCUUGGCCGAACAGAGAUCGACCCAAGAAAUGACCGCAGCCAAAGCAGCAGCGGCCCAACGGCGCGUGGGAGCGACCCAGCGGGUCCGGCAAGAACAGAGUCAGGUGCGCGGCCUGAGUUCCUUCCAGAAAAAGUCCUCCGUAUUUCUUCUGAGAUGCAGGAUGAAUCCCAUGGGGAUGGCCGCCAUGGGAAUGGCCAUGAUGUCUGCAGCCAAAGGCAUGAAGGAUGAAGAUAGUGAAGAGGAGAGUGCCGAUGAGAAGGAAGAGUCCAAAGGUGCAGUUCCUGGCCCAGGCCCAGUUCCGGAAGCCACGUCGCAAGAUGUAACCAAAGAGUUGCUCAAUAUCGACGAAGGGGCUUUUCUUCGUGUGAACUACAUGCAUCCCCAGCUGGGUAAAGUCACUUACGAGGGAGCUCUUCAUGAGAAGUUCAUUGGAACUUGCGCCAGUCAGCCCGCAACGCCCAGUGACAAUGGCCAUCCCCCUGGGCCGGAUGAAGUGCUUGGUUGUCGUACAUCCAGCUGUCUGGUUGCAGAAGAUGUGGCGAUGGACCGGGAGAGGAAGAGGAUUGAACAGCAGAAAGUCUUGGCGUGGAAAUCCCUGUGGCACAUGGCGCGACGCUGCUCGGCACCUUGCGAUGAGAUGCACUUGCCGCGGUUGCUGCACCAAGGUGAGACUGGCAGGACGGGCAGCAAGAGCCUCGUCCCUCUGUCGGCCCGCAGCAUCAGCAAGAGCUCCGUAGAUUCUUCGACCUCCAGUCCAUUGGGAGGAGGCUCCUGGCAACUGGGGGGUGCCUCUCGCAACCUGCGGCGGGUCAGCCUGCAGCGAGGCUUGGUGCAUGAGACACCGCCUUCCAAGAGCGACGAGCUGCCGAGCUUCGAGGAGCUCUCGCGAGACUUGCAGGGCUGGAAUGGCCGCUGGAAGCAAAAGAAGGCUUCAGUGCUGAUGGAAGAACGCUUGCGGGUGGACGAAAUGGAGAUCCUGCAGAAGAGGUACGAGAUGGAAGAGCGGCGUCGAAAAGAUGAGGUGAUGCUGGGGCUGGGGCGGAUGUCACUGUGGCAGUUUCAAGAUGAUUGA